GACUCCGAGUGCCCGGCCCGGCUCACGGGUUAACGGACGGUCACCUCUUCUCGAGGACAACCCCUCCCAACACUCCUGUCCUGGCACGAAUCCUGGGCCAGAGCCUCAGCACAGGAUGGAGCUGGGCCUGACCUUUGCCUUCACCCGAGUUAGGGACAUCCCUGAUGGCCCACAGAGGACGUGCCUCAGCACGGUCACCCCACUCGGGGCACUUAUCUGGACCGGCAGGUAUAUCCUGGUCCGACUGCCAACCCUGCGCUGCCCAGCCCCCACCGCGAGCCGAGAUGACGGACGGACGACGCAACCAAUCAGAGCCAGGCCGUCAGGGUCGCAGGCGCAGUGGUGGAACACGCCCCCGGCGGCAGGACUUCCGGUCUGGGCAGAGGGGCUUCCGCCGCAGCGGCGCAGCGGAUGGCCGAGCUCAGGGCCACGCUCUGGGCUUCGCUCGCGGCUGCCCGCGCCCGGUUGCCGCGACUCGGCCCGCAGCCCUCACGCUGCGUCUCCUCGGCCACUGCCCGCGGCGCCGCCAUGGAGCCGGCGCCCCGCUGGCUGGCGGGGCUGCGCUUCGACAACCGCGCUCUGCGCGCGCUGCCCGUAGAGACGCCGCCGGCCAGCCCCGAGGGCGCCCCCUGCGCGCCGCGGCUGGUGCCCGGGGCCUGCUUCAGCCGCGUGCGGCCCGCGCCGCUGCGCCAGCCGCGCCUCGUGGCGCUGUCGGAGCCCGCGCUGGCGCUGCUGGGCCUGGACGUGCCGCCCAGCGACGCCGCCGCCCGCGAGGCGUGCGAGGCUGAGGCCGCGCUCUUCUUCAGCGGCAACGCGCUGCUGCCGGGCGCCGAGCCCGCCGCGCACUGCUACUGCGGCCACCAGUUCGGCCAGUUCGCGGGGCAGCUGGGCGACGGCGCCGCCAUGUACCUGGGCGAGGUGUGCACGGCGGCCGGCGAGCGCUGGGAGCUGCAGCUCAAGGGCGCCGGCCCCACGCCCUUCUCCAGACAGGCCGAUGGUCGCAAAGUCCUGCGGUCAAGUAUCCGGGAGUUCCUGUGCAGCGAAGCCAUGUUCCACUUGGGGAUCCCCACCACACGGGCCGGGGCCUGCGUCACAUCCCAGUCCACCGUCAUGCGCGACAUGUUCUAUGAUGGUAAUCCAAAAUACGAACCAUGCACGGUUGUGUUGCGUAUAGCUUCCACUUUCCUAAGGUUUGGGUCCUUUGAGAUUUUUAAGCCUGCAGACGAGCACACAGGGCGCUCCGGCCCCAGUGUGGGGAGAAACGACAUUCGAGUGCAGAUACUGGACUAUGUGAUUGGCACCUUUUACCCGGAAAUCCAGGCUGCUCACGGCGGCCACAGCGUGCAGAGGAAUGCCGCCUUCUUUCGGGAGGUGACGCGCCGCACGGCCCGGAUGGUGGCUGAGUGGCAGUGUGUUGGCUUCUGCCACGGCGUGCUCAACACGGACAACAUGAGCAUCGUGGGGCUCACCAUUGACUACGGGCCCUUCGGCUUCAUGGACAGGUACGACCCCGACCACGUGUGCAAUGCAUCUGACAACACUGGGCGCUACUCGUACAGCAAGCAGCCUGAGGUGUGCAAAUGGAACCUGCAGAAGCUGGCCGAGGCCCUAGAGCCCGAGCUGCCCCACGAGCUGGGCAAAGCCAUCCUGGCCGAGGAGUUUGACACCACGUUCCGUAGGCACUACCUGCAGAAGAUGCGCCGGAAGCUGGGCCUCGUGCGGGCCGAGCGGGAGGAGGAUGGGGCCCUGGUGGCCAAGCUCCUGGAGACCAUGCACCUGACCGGCGCUGACUUCACCAACACCUUCUCCCUGCUGAGCUCCUUCCCAGCCGGGCCACAGUCUCUGGGCCUGGACGAGUUCCUGACCGCGCUGACCGCACAGUGUGCCUCCCUGGAAGAGCUGAGGCUGGCCUUCCGGCCCCAGAUGGAUCCUCGGCAGCUCUCCAUGAUGCUGAUGCUGGCGCAGUCGAACCCGCAGCUCCUGGCACUCAUUGGCACCCGGGCCAACCUUACCAAGGAGCUGGAGCGUGUGGAGCAGCAGUCGCGACUGGAGCAGCUGAGUCCAGAUGCGCUGCUGAGCAGGAACAGGGCCCACUGGGACCUCUGGCUCCAGGAGUACAGAGCCCGGCUGGAGAAGGACCGAGAAGACGCAGGCGGGGAUGCUGCCUGGCAGGCCGAGCACAUGAGUGUCAUGCACGCCAACAACCCCAAGUAUAUCCUGCGGAACUACAUGGCCCAGAACGCCAUUGAGGCUGCCGAGAAUGGGGACUUCUCAGAGGUGCAGCGGGUGCUGAAGCUGCUGGAGGCCCCCUACGCCAGGGAUGGGGACACAGCCCAGGUGCUGGAAGCCACAGAGCUUGGGGAGGCGAGUGGAGCAGCUGGUGGGCAGCACCCCUACAGCAGCAAGCCCCCACUCUGGGCUGCAGAGCUGUGUGUGACAUGAUCCUCGUAACUGCCGUGGAGGUCCCACACCAGAGGCCCCCAGGCCCCGAGUCCUGCUGAGUCCAUGAGGUGGUCCCCAGCUGCUGGGGACAGCCCUCCAUGCCCACCUCUCCAUGACGGCAGAGAUGCCCAGUCAAGACCUGACCCGUCUGUGUCUGAUGCGGACUCGGCAGCCUACCCCACAUGCUCCCUACAAAGAGCUACUUUGCACAAGGGCAGAGCCCGGCUGGUGGAUGGGGGAGGGGUGACCUGGCUUGACCCCCUUGCCACCUGGGAAGGGCUGAAGAUAGCCCCUAAAUAAAGCAGCUUCCUGCCCCA